CGCGUCGCGACCUCACGUUGUCACAACUUCAACUUGGCCACACCCUCUCACCAUGGACGCACCACCGAGCCCGCAGCCAUUGGAGCCGACUCGAAAGCGACCUCGCUCGGAAUCCGAGCCCACGGCCUCACUGCAGCAUGCCUUCAGCCGGGACGAGCGGUUCUGGUACGAGGACGGGAAUGUCAUCAUCAUAGCGCAGGGCGUCGGCUUUCGCGUCUUCAAGGGUCUGCUUGCCGCAGACUCUGAAGUUUUCCGCGACAUGCUGAGCCUCGCCAAACCUGCUCCGGAUCUCUCGCGAGAAUCUGGCCUGGACGACUGCCCCGUAGUCCACGUCACGGACACUGCGGCUGAGGUCCGCUCAUUAUUGGCCAUUCUGCUGGGCGGAAGGCGAUACAUGCGACGCCUGAAGUUUGAAUUCGAUGACGUCGCGAACUGCAUCCGUCUCGCGCACAAGUACGGCAUUCAGGACGUGCUCGAAGAUUCCUUGGAGGAGUUGAAGAAAUACUUCCCCGCCACGUUCGAUGCGUUCGCGACCCGCCUCACUAGCGAGACAUCGACCGACGCGAUCGUCGCUGCGAAUCUAGCACGCCUCACCAAUACUUUAUCGAUCCUUCCCGCCGCUCUCUAUGGGUGCUGUCAAUUGGACGGGAAAGAGCUGCUGGAAGGCAAGGUGCGCAAGGACGGUGUUGUGGACACCUUGAACUUCGAGGAUCUUGGACACUGCACGGACGGAAUGAGAAGGCUCUGCACGCUCAACGUUCAACUUGCGUCGGAUGUCUUCUCGCCCCUGGAUAACGCAGAAUGCGUGAUCAUCGAUCGCUGUAACACAUCUCUUGCAACUCUCCAACUGAAGUGGAUCCAUCGGAUUCCACGGGGAAAUGGCGAUGUUCUCGCUCCCUGGGACCUCCGCGGCUACGAUCGUAAAAAGAAGCCAAAACCAAGUUCGCCUCUCUGCGCAUCGUGCAUUGCACUGCUUGAAGCGAGGGCCACCACGCUGCGCCAGAGGAUCUGGUCCGAACUGCCUGAUGUAUUCAAUCUGAAGGAGGGAAGCGAGGAAGUGGUGUCUCAGGAGGAUGCAGUUAUGUCUCAGGGUGAUAGCUGAGUAUAUCUCUGGUUGACAUGGACUUAACAUCGACUUGUUCCCUUCGUCCACAUUUACAGAUACAGUAGUACUGCGCUGCUCUACCCCAAUCCAACUCCGUCUAUACGCCGCCUCCAGGCUGGUUUCCUUCGUUCACAUUA